AUGCAAGAAAUACCAGCAGUCGUACAACACUAUAUCUUAUCAAGAUAUAAUACAAACAAGGAUUGGCGUAAUAACAUCUAUCACUUUGUAGACAAGUACGGUUACAACAAGCAGUGUAUCAAUCAUCUAGCAUUGGUUUGUAAGAGAUGGUUUCGUAUUCUAUCAAUAUCGGCUGCUCAAUACAGUAAGGGUAUAUUGAUAGGCAAUGUAGCACCUUGUAAGGUACCACGAGGAAGUGACCGGUACCAACAAACACGCUUGUCACAAUAUUCACCAAUCUCAUUGGCUCAUGUACACACAUUAAUCAUCGACCAUUAUGCUGGGAAUCUAUCAUUUAUCGACUUUAUAUAUAGCAAUCAAACCAUUCUAUCAAUGAUCAGUAAAAUGACAUCUUUGGAAAGAGUCGUAUUGAAACUAUCUAUUAAUGACCAAUUCAAUGCUGUAAAAGUACAUGAAAAGAGAAUCAUUGGUUUGGUGGAAUCAAUCAAUCGUGUUCCAUUGCGGGCGAGGGGGGCGCUCUACUCUUUUCGUUCACAUCUCGAGACUAGCAAAAAGGUUUCUUUUGUAUUAUUAACUAAACUUUUUAAACUAUAUUUUAUUUAUCACCAUAUCACAACAAUUGUUGUUCACGUGAUCACAUUCGAAAAGAGACUUUAUGCAAUUGUGGGGAUCAGUCUUCCAAUGGGAGUCUUUCGAGUAUUGGGUCAGUAUACUUCCUGUGGAGGAGAGACUCUAGGAUACUGGCCUCGUCCUUGCAGACUUGACCGGGUAAUGCCCUUGUCUCUCCCCCUCGCUUUGACGAUUGUAAUUACAGGUGCGAGUUCAGGUAUCGGUGAAUCAUUGGCAAAGAUAUACGCCAAGCAAGGUAAUGUCAAUCUUGUACUAGCUAGUAGAACCAUAUCAAAGUUGACAGAGUUGGCUACCGAUUGUUCUAAACUAUCGACUACAACUAAAUGUCUAGUUGUUAAAUACGAUGCUUCAAAUGAAAAGGAUUGUCAAAAAUUAAUAGAGAAUGUAAUUAAAGAAUUUUCAAGAAUUGAUAUAUUGUUGUUAUGUGCAGGUGUAUCUUAUCAUAACCAAUUCAAAGAUACAAAGGAUUUGAAUGUCUAUCGACAAAUGAUGGAUAUUAACUAUUUUGGAUACAUGUAUACUACCUUUUAUGCAUUGCCUCAUCUCGUCGACCAAUACAACCGUGAAAAGAAAAAGGCACAGAUCGCAGUCGUCUCGUCCAUCUCUGGAGAGUUGGGACUGCCUCUGAGGGCAGGGUAUUGCGCCUCCAAGUUUGCAGUCAAUGGAUUCUUUGAGUCGCUGCGUAUGGAGGUGCCUCAGGUCGAUAUCACCAUGUUGAAUCCAACAUCGGUCGAGACACCAAUGAGAAACCAUGGCCUUGGCACUGCAGAGGAGAGAAAGGCAAUACAAUUCAACGAAUCAAAGAGAAUGUCUCUACAAGACUGCUGUGCGGUAAUGAUACACUCGAUCGAAUCAAGAAAGAAAAAGGUUGUCUUUCCAUUUAGCAAUUAUAUGGCUUCGCUAUUGAAACCAUUCUUUCCAUCACUCAUUGAAAAGAUUCUAUUAAAAAAGGCUGGUGGUGGUAGUAGUAGUCAUCAUAAUAAUCAUUCAUCAGAACCAUCACCACCAACUGAACCAAAGAUCAAAUCAAAGUUAUAA